GUACUAGUAGACGUAUUGUGCAUGAUUGUGAUACACGUUUUUGGUGUUGAUCAACUAUUAUUUAGACGCCCAUCUAUAUUAGUGUCCAGGGAUCAAUUGUUGGAACUAGAAUUAACAGUUAGUUAACACUAAGACGGGAAUAUACAGCUAGAUAAUCUGAAGACGGCCCGAACCGCGAUGCGUAUGCGGAAGCUGCAGUUGCUCCUGGUCGCCGUCGUGUGCACGCCGCCUCUAGUCCUACUAAUCAUUUCAGCUUAUACCAGCCUUGACGAUCGACCCCCGGAAAGAUAUGACCUGCUGGUGAAUGCCUACCAGAACGGAGGAUCCCGAUUCACAUCGAAUCUCUUCGGCUUUAGGCCUGAUGCAUUCUACUUUUACGAGCCGCUUUGGCGAUUCUCUGUGCAAGAGUACUUCCGGUCGCCAGGCACCGUCUGCAGCAUUCUUAACAACACGUGCAGGGAACUAGGAUUGGCUGCUGUAAACCGUGCACGCGACCUAAGUGACAUGAAGCAGCUGGUGGCUGAAGUACCCAUGAACUCCACCGUAGGCGACCUGAUGACGGAUGUGUUCGCGGACAUCUUCCGCUGCAACUUCUCCCGAAUAUCCAGUCUCGUCCAGCAGCAGGUCACAGACAACCUCAAAUAUGCAGGUCCGAGUUGGCGGCGAUACACGGAGUGCCGUUACAGUAAACGACAGCCGAGGGACAUCUGUCUGCCGAUGCAGGCCCUGUACUGUUCUAACUUCCGGCACCUGGUAGUCAAGACGCUCCGAAUCACCACUGACUCAUUGGGUCCUCUCCUCGACCGGAAGCCCGAUCUCAAGGUCAUCCAACUGUUCCGUAACCCAUUCGCUAUCAUGAAUAGCCGCCUGGAGAGCUCCUUCCAGUCGAUUGUCAGUGACUUCGUUGAAAUGGGAGAAAGCCUGUGCAGAAAAAUGGAAAUAGACUAUCAAUGGUUCCAUGGAUCUAAUGAAGAAGCACCCUGGCAGGGUAAAGAUAGUAUUUUACGAUGAUCUAAAGCGUAAUGUGAGUGGAAAAAUACAGAGUCUUUACAGUUUUCUUGGCAUGGAACAGCGCCCGGAAGACGCGACGGCAUUGGACGUUGUUAUCCCGAACGAAGGCGACCUUAACAACAAGACCAUCGAGGACUUACGGAAGAAGGACAACACACAGUGGUGGAGAGAUAGAAUUGACUUCAAAUUGUACAGAGAGAUUUUCCAACGGUGCACAAACGUUGUUAAAAUAUUCAGACUCACUGAUUUCAAGACUGAGGAAGAUUUGAGGAAUUUGAACAUUGCCGACAUGCACCUACCGGAUGUUUUCAAGAUAUAAUGCACGUGUUAAUGGUCUAGGAAGAACUUUGUGUCGGGGCUGUUUAUUUCAAAGAGGUUAGCCGACAUAAUAUUAACUGUCUCGAUGAAAUACUCAUUUAGUAUUUAAAAAAAGCACUCAAAACUCACUAUUUCACUAGGAUAUAUGGAAACUGAUUAUUUAUAACAUCAAGUAGAUAUUAUUAGACUAUAUAUAAUUUUAAAACUGUAUCAUAUAUUUUUUAGCUUUUAAAUGUCACUACCUAUUACGAAUGAUUUCAUUAUUUUGUAAUGUUGUAUAAAAUGAUUUAGUU